UCUCCAUACUCCAAACCACACAUACCUGCUCUCACUGAUCGAUCGCCACUACCAUCGUCUCCUUCAACCCUGUUACCUAGCUAGCCGUAGCCAUCAGCAGCCACCGCCGUCUUGGUCGAGCAUGGACAUGGACAUGGGCAUGUGCGGCUUGGAUGAGCUGGAGGUGCUGGCGAUGAGCCCCGGCGGCUCGGCGGCGUCGGCGGCCGCGGCACCUGUCGCCAGCGAGGACGAGGGCGACCUGCGGAGGGGGCCGUGGACCGUCGAGGAGGACCUCCUGCUCGUCAACUACAUCGCCGCCCACGGCGAGGGCCGCUGGAACUCGCUCGCGCGCUCUGCAGGCCUGAAGCGCACCGGCAAGAGCUGCCGCCUCCGGUGGCUCAACUACCUGCGCCCCGACGUGCGCCGCGGCAACAUCACCGCCGAGGAGCAGCUGCUCAUCCUCGAACUCCACUCCCGCUGGGGCAACCGCUGGUCCAAGAUCGCGCAGCACCUCCCGGGGCGCACCGACAACGAGAUCAAGAACUACUGGCGGACCCGCGUGCAGAAGCACGCCAAGCAGCUCCGCUGCGACGUCAACAGCCGCCAGUUCCGCGACGUCGUGCGCCACGUCUGGAUGCCGCGCCUCGUCGAGCGCAUCCAGGCCGAGUACUCCGGCGGCUCUGCCGUGGUUGCGCAGGCGCCGGCGGCGCCGGCGGCCCUGGUUGCGCCAGCGACGACCACGGCGAGCGCGCCGGCCGCGUACUACCAUCCGAGCCCGUACGGCGGUCACGGGCAAAGCGCCGACGGCGUCGUCCCGCCGAGCAAGGCUCACGGCGGCGGUUACUACCACGCGGACUACUACAGCUACAGCGAGCCGGGCCAGGAGCCGGCGCCUGCGGCCAUGAGCCCCGACGACACCUCCAGCGCGCUGCGCUCGUCGCUGACGGACGCGACGUCGCACGGGACGCAGCAUCAUUACGCCGCGUCGGCGGCGACCCCGACGAACGAAGGCUGCUGCGGGGCCGCCGGACCGACGGCGGCGGGCGGCGACGACGUAGUUCAGGAGGAGGAGGAGGACGUGUUCGCCGGGACCUGGUCGGAGCUUCUCGCGGCCGCCGGCAGCGACGGUGGCUCCAAGAUCGGCCUGCCGGACUUCGAGUUCGCCGAUUUCGAGGACAACCUGUGGAGCCUGGAGGACCUUUGCUUACAGCAGCUGUGCUGAUGCAGAUGCACGUACGUAUGCAACUGCUAGACAAGGUAGUGAGAGGAACACAUCAAGGCACAAGUGAAUAAUAAUACUCGGCAUGUGAAAGAAUAUUGUCGGAGACAAAGGAAGAAAUUCAUGACAAGGAGCACGUACACAUCAGCAAGGAAAUCGACAAGUAACUAGUUCGUAGAUGGUCUAUAUUAGUAUGAUGACGAAUUCGAAACAUGUGCAUAGUUUUUCCUACUCUACUAGAAGUUUUUUUUUCCGGAUUUGCGCUUAGUUCAGUUUCAAUUUUGCGUGCGUGCGUCCAUAUAUAGGGAGUUUACAAAGUUUGCAUUCAUUUCUUGUCCGGCGUCCUCAACUGUAAAGAAAUUCAUAUAUACUUGAAGUUUAGA